GGUUAUAUCCGCAUUACAGCUUCAAUCGUCAAGCAAUAAGGAACUGUUCGGGGCGCAAGUGUUGCGCUUCGGGCCGCGUGAUACUCAGGCGCGACAAAAUGCCCGUCUUUAUUAUGUCGGUUAUAAAGCUUCAAUUGAAUGUAUUAAAAACGUAACAUAGCCGGUACUUUGGACUGGGUGGAAGGAAAAUGCCGACCGGAGGAGGCAAGACUCUGCGCGUAGCAAUCCUUGGCGUGCGGGUGACGGAGCCGCGUCGCUACCAUGUUAGCAUCCAAGUAUCAGCGGGCACUGGGGGAGUUGCGGCAGGGGUGGCUGUGGGCUCUGACCACAGCGGCCUCUCGACCCGGCCGGACCAGCUGGCUCGCACGGAGACGUCUGAGCUCAGCCGCAGCCCCGAGUUUGCGCUCUCCUCGUUUGUGCUGCGGCUGGCCCAGCCCCUGGCCAGCUCGCCGGCGGACCAGCCGCUGCUGCAGGUCAAUCUCUUCGCGGCGCCGUCCUUGGAUAGUGGCCCUGCGGCUGCGUCCGGCGCUAUGGACGACCUGGUAGGCAGCGGCGUGGUGCAGUGCCGCGCGGACAUGGCGGCCAGGCUGCUACGCGGCGAGCGAGUCACGACGCCCGUGGUGCUUUCUGAGGGAGCUGUGGGGCUGCUGGGUGGUGGCGGCGGCGAGAACGGGCUUUCCUCUCUCGCGACGGGGCUGGCCAGCUUGGGUGUGGGCAUGGGGCCGGGCGGCGGCGGGCGCGGGCGUGAGGUGCUGCUGGAGCUGCUGCUGGUGGACGCGCACCUGACGUUGCCGCGGGACGCAUUUGCGCUCAAAGCCAGCUAUGCCGGGGCGCCCGCUGCCGCGGCCGCUGAGCGCCGAGCCAGUGGCGCGGGGGCCGGUGGCGGCAGCGGCACCGGUGGCAGCGAGUGUGUGCUGCGGGUGCUGGUGUCCCGGGCGGAGAACCUGCCUCUGGUGAUAGGGGAGGGCGGCGUGGAGGUGGAGCCCGACACCUUCGUGGCGGCCAAGCGGCUGCGGGACGGGCGCGAGGGCGGCGGCGCGCAGGCGCUGACGCGCGUGGUGUCUGGCACGCGGCGGCCGGUGUGGAACCAGGCUCUGGAGCUGCGGUACUCGGAGGCGGAGCUGGCGGCGGGCGAGCAGCUGCUGCUGGCGCUGGUCAACAACAGCAACAGCCGACUCAUGAUCAAGGCUGCGCUGCCGCUGGCGCCGCUGGUGCCCGACCGCACCUACAACCUGCGGCUGCUGCUGCCGGGCGGGCCGCUGGGCAGCGCCGUGCACCUGUACGUGAGCGUGGUGCUGAGCGGGGCGGCGGCGGCGGGCCGCAGGCACCUGCGCGUGCACAUGGCAGCGGCGCCGCAGCUGCUGCAGGCCCGGCUGGCGGAGUCGGCGGCGGCGGUGUUGGGCGAGCUGGUGCCCCCCGGCGGCGCCGUGGACGGCGCUGAAGAGCCGGAGCUGGGCUCGGAGCCGGCUGCCGCAGAUGAUGGCGAGGUGUUCGGGGUGUGGCGCGUGGUGGGGUCUCCGGAGCAGGCCGCCGAGCCGCCGUCACUGCCCGACCCCGACCCCUACACCAGUCUGGACACCAGCAAUGAGGCGGCAGUGCGGACGGCCCUGCAGCGGAUGGCGGACACUCAUGCCGCGGCGGUGCAGGCCGCCGCCCUGGGAGGCGGCUCAGCGCUGGAGGUGACGCCGCUGCGGGCGGCUGGAGGCCAGGACCCGCAGCAGCAGCAGCCGCUCCUGUGGCCACACGACCACAUGGUGUCGCUGCUGGCUGGCGCGGCCGCCUCCUCCGGCGGCAGCAGUGGCGACAGUGGGGCCCAGGCGCUGCAGCUGGCGCUGUACCACCUGCCGCAGCCCACGGAGCCGCCCGGGCCGGCGCCGGGGCCGCGCGCCUCGCUCAGCACUGAGGAACGGCUGCUGGGCAGCGGCGGCGGGGCAGGCGGCGAGGCGGCAGCGGCCCAGGGCGGGCGGCGCCGGGCGCGGCUGCUAGGUCUGGCCGCGACGCCGCUGCGGCCCCGGCCCGCGGCGGGGUUGGGUCCUGGUCAGGUCCAGCUGGUAAAGGACGUGCCGGUCCAGGCUGUCUCGAGUGGUGCGGGUCCUGAGGCCCACCUGGACCUGGAGCUGAGGCAGCGCGACACGGCCGCAGUGGUGGCCUCGCUGGAGCAGCAGGCUGCGGAGAGCAACGGCGACGCGGCAUCGCCAGGCGCCGGCAGCGGCGGCGGCACCGUGGCCGCCGCCGACAUGACGUCCAGCAUGACGUGGCAGGGGCAGGCGGGCGCGCUGGCGGCGGCGGCCGCAGGGGGCGGCGGCGCCAGCGGGCCUGUGGUUGAGGCACUGGUGGAGGACUGCGUGGUAAAGCAGGGCGCGGUGGGUCGACUCAUACGGCAACUGGACGCGGCGGCAUCGGCGUCAGAGGUGGCAAGCUGGCGGGUGGCGGAUGCUGAGGGCCGCUACAGGGCUGCAAACGACGACAACGCAAAGCUGCGGCAGCUGCUGCACGAGGAAAAGGAGGCCUGGCGGAUACCCCAGCUGCUGCCGGACGCCGCCGGCCUCAGCCGGGACGAGCUGGUGGAGAGGUGUGAGAGCGCCAUGGCGGCGUACGGCCGAGAGCGCCGCCGCAACGCCGAGCUGGUGCACCGCCUGCAGCAGCUGCAUGCGGAGCAGGUGGACACGCUGGAGCUCAAGAAACGCUACCAACAGCUGCAGGAUGCGCACAUGGAGCAGGCGCGCAACUACGGCGACCUGGAGGGGGUGGACGGCCGCGCCGCCGCGCUGCGCUCCACGCUCAAGACGCAGGAGGAGGUGAUCCGCAACCUGGAGGCGCUGCUGGGCGCGGCGGUGGACAAGGCCAAGGCCGCGGCGCAGCAGGUGGCGGAGCUCAAGGGCGCGGCGGCGACGGCGGAGGCGCUGCGCGAGGACAUGGGCAAGGCGGCGCACCUGCUGCAGGAGCAGGAGCAAGCCUUGCAGCAGUCCCGCGCCGAAGCUGCGCACGCCGAGCAGGAGGCGCAGCAGCUGAGGACGCAGCUGGCGGCUCUGGCGGGCGAGGAUCAAGCUCGGGCCGCGGGCAUGGAGCAGCAGACCGCGGAGGCGCAGGAGCGGGUUGCGCAGCUUGAGGCGGAGCUGGAGGCGGCGCGGCAGCAGGCGGCGGAGGCGGAGCAGCGGGCGACGCAGCUGCAGGCGGAUCUGGAGGAGGCGCGGAGCAGCCCACAGCCACCGGCAGAGCCGGAGCAGCCGGCGCCAGAGGAGAGCGCAGCACCUGCCGCCGAGGGCGAGGGCGAGGGAGAGGGAGAGGCAGCUGCUACCGUGCCCUCUGCAGAGCUGGAGGCGGCACAGGCUCGCAUUGCGGAGCUGGAGGCGGAGCUGGAGGAGGCAAAGGCCCGGGUCAAGGAGUUGGAGGAGGCGCCCGCCGGCCCUGAGGCUGUGUCGCGGCUGGAGGGCGAGGUGGUGGCGCUGACGGAGGAGAAGACCGCGGGGCUGCUGCGGGCCGAGUACGCGGAGGGCGCGGCGGAGGCGGCGCAGGAGGAGCUGAUAGAGGUGACCAAAAAGUUCGCGCGCGAGAUCGCGGAGCUCAAGACGCGGCUGGCGGAGAAGGACGCGGCACUGAUGGGCGGCUUCGGAGACCUGGACCAGCUGCGGCGCGGCGAGCUGCCGCCGCCAGACACCGCCGGCCUGGGCCCGCACGGCGGCCUGCCGCAGACGCCGCCGCCGCCAGGCAUGAUCAUGCCCAACCACCAGCAGGCGCGGCAGCCGUCGGGCAGUCCCAGCACGGGCUCGCGGCCGCCGCUGCAGCGCAUGCGGUCGGAGGGCGGGUCACGGGGCGGCACGCCGCCGACCGGCGAGCGUGCUGGGUCCGCAGGUGCCGGGCAUCCAGACGCGAGAGUCGGGUCUCCGGGGCUGCUACCCCCCAUCAAGGGCGGCACAGCGCCGCCCGACCACCACGCCGGCAAAGCCGCGCCAUUGGCCCCCUCGCACAAGGCGCCGCCGCCAGCACCGCCGCCGCCAGCGCGCCUACCGGCAGGCCGGCGCGUGCCGUCGCCACCCCAGCAGCAGGCGCAGCAGAAGCCUGGUCAACAGGCGCCACCUACGCCUGAUGACGACGACGACAACGACGAAGACGAUGAUGAGGAUGAUGAGGACGAAGACGAGGACGAAGACGAUGAUGAUGAAGAUGACGACGACGAGGAGGAUGACGAGGACGAGGAUGAGGAUGAGGACGACGAGCCAACCCCGCCGGCACGAGGUCGCGGAGCGCCUCAGGCACCGGCACGCCCGGCCGUGCCGCCGCGGCUGCCCGCCGCCACGCAGCGGCGGCAAUAAAACUCGAGGGGCGCAGGUCUACUGCAUGCCCCAUUACCGGUACUGGUAUCCGUUCGGACCUCUGCCUCGUGCAUAGCUGCAAGCGCGUGUGCUUAAACAGGCAGCGUGUGACGGCGAGCGGGUGGGAUUGAUCAGUCAUUUAAUGCGUGCCCCAAUCAAUGACAUGUUUCACGGAUGACUGCUGUGGCUUCUACUUGCACUCUGGGCAGUGAAGCUGGGCAUGAGGCAAGGCAAGGUGGCAAGACACAGUGACCGCUUUAUUUGUGCAGGAUGAAGCGCGAGUGCGUGAGCUGGGCACGACGCUGGCUGAACAUGCUGCAGAACAACGCCUGGCUCAGCUUAGGACAAGGCUUGGCCGCUGGCGCCAGGUGGCCUGUUGGGCUGUUCAAACUGAUGGAUGGCUCUCCCAGCGCUGUCGCCGCAGUGCCGUGACAGGAAGGCACACAACAAUAGAGCCUUUCAGGAUGCACAUGCUUCUUCUAGCCCCUACGGCCCGUGCCUACGGCCCCUAGAGCGCUGAAGACAACAUACCAUCUAGUCUUAACCAUUCAGCUUU